CUGCAAGUGUUCAGGAUCAGCUGGCAUGCAGAGAUGGUUGGCGCCCCCUCCUUGGUGACUAUAGCGACUCCCUCCAGCUCUCCCAGAGUACAACAACCCAGUUCCCUGGCCACUAGGACACACAGUCCUCCCCCAGCGAACAUAGACAGCUCCUCCCAUGGCAAGAGGACCUGGGGCUCCUAG